CACGGGGCCGCGGGGGGCGCCGCGGGGCCGCCUGCCGCCGCGCCGAGGCGGCGGAUGGCGCUGCGCCGCUAGUCGGUGCAUUGCGGCGGGCGGGCCGCGGCGUGGCGUGGCGCGGCGCGGCGCUGCGCGGAGCCGCGGCCAUUCCAGACGGCGGCACCGCGCGCUGCGCAGGAGGAGCCGGCGGGAGCCGCGCCGCCGCCGCCGCGCCAUGGCCAAGGAGGGAGCGCAGCGAGCGGAGGAGACGGAGCAGAUGAUCGAGAAGGAGGGAGGCAAGGAGGCCGCCGAGGGCAGCGCCGCCGGCAGCCUGCGCGCUGCCGACGCCAAGGAGAUGAGAGCCGUGGUGCUGUCCGCCUUCGGGGGGCUCAACAAGCUCCGCGUGUCCAAGAGAGUCAUGCCGGAGCCUCGGGAGGGCGAGCUCAAAAUCCGCGUGAAAGCCUGUGGUUUGAACUUCAUUGAUUUGAUGGUGCGACAGGGGAAUAUUGACAACCCUCCUAAGACUCCACUUGUUCCUGGCUUUGAAUGCUCUGGGAUCAUAGAAGCUCUUGGAGACAGUGUGAAAGGGUUUGAGAUUGGAGACAGAGUUAUGGCUUUCGUAAACUAUAAUGCGUGGGCUGAAGUUGUAUGUACCCCAGUAGAAUUUGUCUACAAGAUCCCAGAUGACAUGAGUUUUUCUGAAGCUGCUGCAUUUCCUAUGAACUUUGUAACUGCCUACAUGAUGCUCUUUGAAGUUGCUAACCUAAGAGAAGGCAUGUCUGUGCUGGUUCACUCUGCAGGAGGUGGGGUGGGUCAAGCUGUUGCUCAGCUCUGUUCAACUAUUCCCAAUGUUACUGUUUUUGGAACAGCUUCGUCUUUCAAACAUGAAGCAAUUAAAGAUUCAGUAACUCACCUGUUUGACAGAAAUGCAGACUAUGUUCAAGAAGUAAAAAGAUUAGAAUCAUUCCAUUGCCUUCCGAAGUUGUCGUGUGUGUGCUUCCAUUUCCAUUUAGAAGCUUUCCGAAUCUCAACAGAAGGAGUAGAUAUUGUUUUGGAUUGUCUGUGUGGAGAAAAUACUGGGAAAGGCCUCAGUCUUCUCAAACCACUUGGGACUUACAUUUUAUAUGGUUCAUCUAACAUGGUUACUGGGGAAACAAAAAGCUUCUUCAGUUUUGCGAAAUCAUGGUGGCAGGUUGAGAAAGUAAAUCCUAUCAAGCUGUAUGAGGAGAACAAAGUCAUUGCUGGAUUUUCUCUGUUGAAUCUACUUUUCAAACAGAAUCGAGGUGGCUUGAUCAAGAGCGUAAUGGACAAACUCAUAAAUCUGUACAAUAAUAAGAAAAUCAAGCCUGUGGUUGAUUCCUUAUGGGCCUUGGAAGAGGUGAAGGAGGCCAUGCAGAGAAUCCAUGACCGAGGAAAUAUCGGAAAACUAAUUCUGGAUGUGGAGAAAGCACCCACUCCCCUGAUGGCCAAUGACAGCACAGAGACAAGUGAGGCUGGGGAAGAGGAAGAAGACCAUGAAGGGGACAAUGAGAAUAAAGAGCGCAUGCCAUUCAUCCAGUAACAGCCAGAGGUGGCGGAAGAAAAGCAGAAGGAUUGAUCAAGUAGAAGGCAACAAGACUGCGAAAUCUAUUCUGUGCAUCAGUGAACAAAUGCUGUAGUACAGUGUGUGUUGUAUUUGUCUGCAGUCAGCUGAGCUAUGAGCUGUUGAUCAUUGUUGUUUUGAACUCAAGUGCCAUUCUCAUCCAGUGCAGUAUUAUGACAUUCCUGUGUGAUACCCAGUUUCCCUGUAGGAGUCCCAUGGAUUUUUCUGUUCCAAUUUAAAAGCCUUAUUAACUUACUGUGUAAUUUUAGAUGGGCAUCUUUCUCAUGCAAAUUCCAACAUUUUGCAUAAAGUUACUUGGGUGGGGGUAGGGGGUGGGGUUGCGAGUUGAAAAUGAUGACAGCAACAAAAAGAAUUCCCCAUUCGGCGCCUGGCAGAUUCUAGUAACUGCAGGGAGGAUUUUAAGUUUGGAUUUUCAGUGUUAACAUAGUUUUCCUUUUAUGAACCACAGAUAAAAGUUGCAAAGAAGAUGAGUUUAUAUUCUUCCAUCAUGCUUCCUCAUCUUAUAAACAAUCCUAUCUUCAUUUUCAAAAAUACCUCAUUUGUAGCUGCAGAGUCUGAAAUUGUGCAAGAAACUGUUAACUGAGGGACUUUGAUUAGUACUGUAUAAUCACACUAGUCAUCAGCACUCGUAAUUAAACACAUUCAUUCAAAGUGCUAACUGUCAUGAUUCCCUGUUGAUCUUCUGAGCUAUCACCCCCUAUGCUACAGGCAAAGAAAAGUCAGUGAAUCACUUUUUUAGACCCAGAACUUUAAUUGCCUGUAACCAUUAGCAUUGUUACUGACAAAUCAACACCAUCUUCUGCUAAGGACACAUUUGAGUCAGCUGUGUCUGUAAUCCAAAACAAUUGUAAAUUCAGUGAUUUUUAAAUCCUAUCAGCAAGAAUCACUCUUUGGUAUGUGGAAAGAAAUUAUUUUGUAGGUGGAGUUUACUGCUCUGAAAUCACUAUUGGAUUGAUCAACUAUCAAGCUAGAGCUGAAUUCCUACAGCAGUUAACCCUUUUAAAAAUUAUUUUUAGGCCUUAAUCCCAUCAGAAAUGAUGCAUGGGCAUAGCUUUAUCUAGGUGAAUAGUUCUACAAAAAGCUCUGCUCUCAUAUGCACAGUUUUACAUACGUGAUUAUCUGCAGGAUCAAGCAUUCAAAGACCAGCUAGACUAUCUACCUCCCACUAACAGAAACUGUAUCUAAACAUGACAAGAAAAAAAAAAAUUUUCCUUACCUUUCACCUACCCAAGUAGCAGCUACUCAGGUCCUCAAUGGUCUUGUUAAAAUAAUUAUUUUAAAAUGAGUGCAACCAUCUACAGUAGAAGCACUAAAGGAACAUCAGAGACCUUGUAUAAUGUCAUAUAUCUUUGAACUAAUAUAUUUUUUGCAAAAGAAAGUAUUUCCCCAGGCACGCCCUGUUGUUCACCUAAAUCUAUGAGUAUCAUGUAGCAAUAGAAGUUGAAAAAUAAUAUAGAAAAGUGGGGAGGGAGAGUUUCUCAGGCUUCUCUUGAUGCGAAAGGAAUGGUGGAUCCAGAUGACUUUUAUGUGUGGUUUUAGAGGAUUCUCUCUUGUUUUUUCUGUUUGUUUAAUCUUUGUUGCCUGAGUAUUAAUGUCCAUCUCUUUACACUGUGCUCAUGAAGUUGCUGUUCUAAUACUAGUUAAUUGUGUAGAAUGUUCAUUCUGAAUGAAUUUCCAUUGGGUUAAACAAUUCAAAAAUAAUGAAAAUCAGUAACUGUUGAGAAAAAUGCCAAAAAAAGCUUUUGUUGAAAUAUUUGUUAAAACAGAACUUCAGUUUUCUCAAGAUAUUGAUGCAGAACUUCAUUAUAGUUGAUUUUCUUUUCAUGCUGGACUUACUAUACUUCCAGUGUCGUAUCAGGCCCAAACAGGGACUCUGUCCACAGAAAACAAUAUAUUCGGUGAGUUUUCUGUGUAUUGUGAUUGGCAGUUAGGUCUUUAAAAGCAAGACCGUUAAGUUUUCACCACUCAUAAGCUGACAGCAGUAGGAGAUGUGCCCAAUUUUGUUUUGCAGUUAGUGUAACAAUGUUGUCCUGCAACAAACCUUAACAUAACUAGGAAUUUUGAUUUGAUGCCAAAAUGAGCAAUACUGCUGGUAACCUUCAAGCUGGCAGUAAAGUGGCAUUCUCAAGGCCUUAAAUUAGUAAAGCAAGCAGAGCAACAAAUCAGUUCUUCUGUUAAAAACCGCAGUAUGGGUGGCCCUAAAUUUUUCUUCAGGACAAAUACGGAUGGGUGAUCUUGGUCAUGGCCACAGACACCAUAGGGACAACAAUCCAAUGAAAUCAUUUUGGCGAGUUUUUUCUGGUUUUGUUAGCAAGGCAAAAAUACUCUUCAUGCUAUUUCAUAACAAUGUUAGGGCCAUUUUCUAAUCAGCAGAACAUCAGUGCAGAGACUUGAGGUAACUGCAGUGAGUACAGCGGAGUACUUCUGGAUCUACCUAAUUACGACACAGAUUAGAAUUGCAAUCACUAAGCUGAAUUCUGCUCAGUUUUACAGUAUUAACAUGGCAUACAUGAAGGUUACUCCUGAAAUGAAUGGAAAAUUUUCAGGUAUCUGUAAUGGAAGCAGGAUUUAUGUUAGCAGAGUUUGGCCCACAAGCCCUAAAGACUUUUCAGAAUACCACGGACAGUAAUAUCACUUACAUUUGAAGUGGUAGAGGGCAUGCUAUACAAAAUGAUGAUGGUGAGAUUGUUAUUACUGAACAGGUCUUAUUGCAGUAGAAAUGAAGGUUUGCUUUUACCACUUACUAACACUGUUGUUUAACCAGCUCUUAGACAAUUGGUUAGUUUCUUCAAGUGCAACAAAUUAUUUCUCAAUUUGCCUUAAAGGAACUGUGAAAGUAUUUCUUUAACUUAAGCCUGAUUAAGUGAACUGAAACACUGUUUAAUUGUAUUUGUUGCUUUAGAGCUUUUGUUAUAUUGUGCCUACAAAGCAAAUUAUGUUUACAUAAAAAUAUAAAUAAAAUAUUGAGCAUAGCAUUA